AUGCCUAGGCUACGACCUCAGCUUGGAUGUCGCGUCCUGCUCUUUGCCGCCCUCGCAUGGACGUUGCUCGCGUCCGCGGCGUCCAUCCCGCGUUACUCCGUGGUUUCGCGUUAUAACCCCGUCCGAAAUGCAUCCAGCUCUAGUACACCCAUGCAAGUCGGGAACGGGUUUUUCGCGUUCGGCGCGGACGUGACUGGGCUGCAGACCUUCCUCCCGUGGGCGACCAUGUCCGACUGGGGCUGGAAGAAUGACUCCCUGCCCGCGGGCGUGACGGAAGAGGACAUCCUGGACUACCGCGGCGUCGUCUGGGACGGGGUGCAAUACGAGUUCGGGGGGCCUGCGUCGGCCCAGCAGUGGCUGAUCGCGAACCCGAACCGCGCGAACCUGGGACGCGUCGGGUUGCUGUUCAAAGAUGCAGGCGGCGAGGUGAUGAACGUAACAGAGGCAGACUUGAGCGACGUCGAGCAGCGGCUGGGCCUGUGGACGGGGACAAUCACGAGCAGCUUCACGGUGGACGGCCAGAGAGUGACCGUCGAGACGUUUACGGCGCAGAGUAGCAGUGCCGUUGCAUUCGCGAUAUACUCGGACCUGCUUGCGGAGGGACGCCUAGGACUGUUCCUCGACUUCCCAUGGAACGACGGCUCGCAGAAGUUCCAAGCACCUUUCGUCGGAUACUGGAACGAGACCGCCAACCAUACGACAGAGCUGGACACGGGCAGCGGCCUCGGCGCGAACGUGCAGGCGUCGAUCAACCAUACGGAGGUCGCGGCGACCGUCUUCACGUCCAUCGGUGGGGGAAGCCCGUUCUCGAUCUCGCGAGACACGCCCUCUGCACACCGCUAUAGCGUGUUCCCGAGCGAGGUGUCGACGUUGUUCUCGACGGUCUUCUCAUAUUCUCUGCUUCCAUCCGCCGCGUUACCGACUGUUACCGAAGUCGCAGAGGAGUCAGUUACAGCCUGGGGCGAAUAUUGGUCGUCCAAUGGAUUCAUCGACGUGUACACGGGUUCUACCGAUCCAAGAGCAGACGAGCUGCAGAGACGGAUCAUUCUCUCGCGAUACCUGAUGCGAGUCAACGAGGCGGGGCACACUCCACCGCAGGAGUCAGGGCUAGUCAAUACUGGCUGGUACGGCAAGUUCCACAUGGAGAUGAUCUUCUGGCACAGCUGUCACUGGGCGCUCUGGAACAACUGGGAUCUCCUGAACCGUUCAAUCGACGUGUACAAUCGCUUCCUCCAGACUUCCAUCGAGCGGGCGCAGGUCCAGGAAGGCUACACAUACGGCGCGCGUUGGUCCAAGAUGACUGACCCCUCCGGUCGAUCGGCGCCAGGCGAGAUCAACGAGCUACUCAUCUGGGAGCAGCCACACCCACUGGUGUUCGCGGAGUACGAGUUUCGCGCGACUGGCUCGCAGGAGACCCUGGAGAGGUGGCGAGAUGUGGUGUACGAGACAGCCGACUUCAUGGCCGCAUACGCGUGGCUCAACGAGAGCACGGGUGUGUACGACCUCGGGCCACCAAUGUACGUCGUCAGCGAGGACACGAGCCCAAACGUGACGCGUAACCCCGCGUUCGAGCUGUCCUACUGGCGACUGGGACUGGAGAUAGCGCAAACGUGGAUGGAGCGGCUUGGUGAAGAGCCUCCUGCUGUUUGGUCGGAAGUCGCGGACAAUCUGGCGCCGCUCCCGGUCGAAAAUGGACUAUAUGCGGUCUAUGAGGGCAUAGAGGCCAACUUCUGGACGGACCCGACGUAUACGAACAGCCAUCCUGCUUUGGUGGGGCUGUACGGCUGGCUGCCAGCGACCGCGAACGUCAGCGUGGACAUGGCGAUAAACACUGCAGAGAAGGUGUGGACGACCUGGAACGUGAGCAAUCUGUGGGGAUGGGACUUCCCUAUGCUCGCGAUGUCGGCGGCGCGCAUGGGCAAUCAAGAGACGGCAAUUGAAUGGCUUCUCAAUCCAUACUUCGAAUUUGACGACGUAGGGAUGCCAGGAGGAGGUGCACAGGUGCCGACGCCGUACUUCCCGGGGUCGGGUGGGCUAUUGUAUGCCGUCGCUAUGAUGGCAGCCGGGUGGGACAGUAGAACGGAACAAGCACCGGGGUUCCCGAGUAAUGGGUGGAAGGUGAGAACAGAGAAUAUUGCGAGAGCGAUGUGA